AUGUUCUAUGCCCAUGCACUUUUGAGUAAGCGUGCACCAUUGGCCAAAGUAUGGCUGGCAGCUCACUGGGAGAAGAAGCUCACCAAGGAUCAAGUAUUCAAAUGUAAUAUACAGAAAACCAUUGGAAAAAUUAUUUCACAGAAGGUGAAGUUUGCACUUCGAACUUCGGGACAUCUUCUUUUGGGAGUUGUUCGAAUCUAUAAGAGGAAGGUGAAGUAUCUUUUGGAAGAUUGCAGUGAAGCAAUUGUUAAAAUGAAUAUGACAUUUUGCCCAGGACUGAUUGACCUCUCAAAAGGGGAAUUAGAAGCAUCUUACAGUGCUGUCACAUUUGAAGAAGAAUUUUAUGAUUUUGACACUGAUAACAUGAAUACUAUCGAUGCAUCUGAACACUUUGCUCCAAACCAAAGUAGACCGGAGGAAAUUACACUUAAAGAAGAUUAUGGUAAGGUUCUACCUUUGUAAGCACAGAAGUUUGGGGAAGGAUCUCAGAUUCGCAGAGGACAGAGCUUUGUGGAAGGGAAUACAUUGCUGAGCUUCAGUGUCCCUUUAUCAGAACAUAGUACUGGAAACCUCACUGGAGAAAAGUCUUUGAUGUGUAACAAUGGGGAUGGAUUUGGAGAUGAAGGAGCUUCUGAAACAAUGGCAGCAAAACCAGAUUAUUCAGAUGGAGCGUGUUUCAAUUCAGAUGACAUAUGCUUCCCAGAGAUUGAAAAGAAGGAUGCAACAACCUUAACAACUAAGCAGGAACGAUUCAUUCUUCAUCCAAUUGGUAUUUCCGACACUCUCAAGCCUAUAGAAUUUGCACCACCCACACGAAAAUUAAUGUUGUUGAAGGAGAGGGACCAAGCGAGUACACUUUUAUCGACACCAAGCCAGUAUUUGGUUUCUGAUAAGUUGAAGAAGUUGUUUCCAAAUUGCCUUUUGCCUUCUGGUUUGAAAUCUCGAAGAUUAGUGAAGAGGAAGCUAGAGGAAGAAGAAAAUUGCUACAAAGAUGGGAGCUGGUUUGCCCUAGCUGUGGGAGUUAGUUCAGGCUGCCAGCUGCUGCUCCUCAGCCUCUCACCCUCUGGCUCAUCGUGGUCCUGGGAAGAACGCAUGGCAGUGGAGAGUUCCACAUGUGAAACUGAUUUUGACCAUAUUGCUGCCACACCACCUCCACUAGAACCUAGCACUGCUUGGUUUCUUCCUGCCGCUGAAGCCAAGAGCUGGAGGACCAACAGGAACCACUGUCAUCACUGGUAUUUGUGGGAGUUUUAG